UAUAAAUAAACUAAAUAAAAUUAUGCAGAGGAGGUGGUCAAGAAGGUGGUGGUGGAGAUAUUGAGUUAAUGGGCAUGGUGGCGGGUUGAGAAAGUUUGUGUCUUUCUUAAGAGAGUGUGUUGUUGUUUUGAGGAAAAAAAGGUGAGUUUUUGAAUGUAAAGUUGAAAGCUUUGAGGGAGAAAGUUGAGUCUUUGAAAGGUUAGAAAAAUACCCCAUCUGUUAUUCAUAUUUGUCAAUAUUCUCUAUUACUAUCUGGUUUACCAUUCUUUAAAAGGUUGGCGGAAUACUAGCAAACAAUUUGCUCUUUUACAUUUGUGAAGAUUGAAUUGAAGUUUUCAUUGCAGUCUGGACACUUAACUGAUAUUUUAUGACAAUGCAAAACUUCUGUAAGAAAAAUUCUGGUGGAAAUUCUACCCACUCAACAUUGUUGUAUGAUGUGAGUUGCCCUUCAUGGGGGAGUUCAACUGAGUCAUGUGCUCAGCAGUCAUCUAUGUCGGAAAGCUUAAGCUUGAAGAUGGGUGCUCCUCCUCAGCAUUUUCUGAACUCUAAGCAGUUGAAUUUUCACCUUCAGGACCAGGAGUCAUCAUCUACUCAAUCGACUGGGCAGUCUUGCCCAAAAGAGGCUAGUAUGGAACAUAGCAAUCCAAAUGGGCCGGCAGCAUCAGGAAUUAAUGGAACUCAUGGGAGACCUUUGGGAGCUAACACUAAAUUUGCCACAUCAAUGGGACCUCAGGAUUUUGUCUUCACUCCUUCACAUGUUGAUUAUAACCAUUCAGUUGCUCCUGUUCAACUCCAUUAUGCUGAACCAUACUUCCAUGGCUUAGUUGCUCCUUUUUAUGGACCACAGGCUAUGCAGAUUCAUCCUCCUCAAAUGAUGGGAAUGGCUUCAGCUCGAGUGCCACUGCCUUUGGAUAUUACAGAAGAUGAGCCCAUUUUUGUCAAUGCUAAACAGUAUCGAGCGAUUCUCAGGCGGAGACAGUUUCGUGCCAAGCUUGAAGCCGAAAACAGACUCAUCAAAGGCCGCAAGCCGUAUCUUCAAGAGUCUCGUCAUAAGCAUGCACUGAAUAGAGCUAGAGGAUCUGGAGGGCGUUUUCUGAACACGAAGAAGCUCCAAGAAUCAAAGUCCACAAGUGAAGGUGUGCAUAUGUCAGGCUCUGGUGAGUUACUCUCAACUGGAAAUUUCUCAGAAUCCGAAGUUCAUCGUGAAACCUGUAAAGAAGCUGCUUCCACCACAUCCUGUUCCGACAUGACGAGUGCCUCCAACAGUGAAGACAACUUCCAGCAGCCAGAAUUCAGGUUCUCCAGCUACCCCUCGCACAUUGGCAGAAACACUCUGCAAGGCUGCUCAGCUGAUAUCAGCGAAACCCGCCUACGCUGCCUCCUGUCUUCCGUUGACAGGUGAGGCGAGCACUACCCGUUUCAGCAGUUCGAAUUCAGGAGAAUGCAGCUGCUACUAUUCCAUUGGGAAGUCAUCCUUGGCUCUUUUAGUUUACUCUCAAUAGUGUUGGUGUUGCUUUGAGUUUCAGCUUUUGUCAAAAAAACCAAGGAUAAUGGAGUUUCAUUUUGUUGUGGUUUAAGUUUGUUCUUGUAUGCUUUUUGUGAUAGCUUAAUUAUGAAAAUCUUUACCCCUUUC